ACAUUUAACUCCGCGUACAUAUGACUGAAGGUCAGCCACGUAGAGAUUGAAAAUGAGUGGCCCCAUGAUAGAACCUUGAGGUACGCCGAAACUCACCCUACAAAGCUUUAUGUUUGCAGGGGGUUUGCACCCUUUCAAAUAUGGCUGAGAGAACAUAUUUGAUGAGAAGAAGUUGAACAUGGAAAUGGAUAGCAUUCGGUUUGCUUUACUAAAUAAGUUUAAAAUACUCAGUACCUAAAUAAACAAAAGAAUUUCGCUUCAGAUGGAGUUGUAAAAUACACAAUGAACAAUCUAGAAAUACAUGAGAAUCUUAAAUAAAAGCAAAAGAUGGAUUUGAGGUCAAAGAACAUGCAUGGUGGUUCAAUUCCUACAUAUACAAAUUACAAUAGCAUUUCGGUUAAAAUUGGUCAAUUGUUUCAUGUAGACUUCCAUAUUUACUUAUUAAGCUUCGACGAUUUUGGCGAGAAUUCAACAAUCUAUCAUAAUUAAGAGUCAUGGACAAUUUCAUUUCAGCUCCGCAUUCAGAAACGGCCUUAGAUCUUUUCUUCUUCCUCUUUUUUAAAACGAAAUAGUCGCUGCGAUAACUGUUGUUAAAACAUAAAAAAAACUUCUCAAUAACAAAGACUCCUCAGAGGUUUAACAGCACGCCAGCAGGCAGUCCUUUGAACACGAAAGUACCGUAAGAUUGGUUAUUAGCAUGUAAAGUAGGUAGAUAUGUCUGUUAUUUAUCUGACACAGAGUUGCUAUAGAAUGAUAACUAAUUUGGUUCAACAGGAGGCCCUCUACAAAACAUUUAAUAAUUAACUUUCGUCCUUUUUUAUUCUCUUUAUUAUCACCUCGUGGCUUUGUUUAUUUAAAGUUGAAAAAACACAUUACAUUUUGUUUCAAUCGUUUGUUGUCGUUCCAAUAUCUGCAUCGGGAAAAAGUGCGACUGCGGAUUAGUCCAUCUAUCAUGAACACAAACUCCCGUUUUUUCAGACAAAAAAGAAAAACUGGCUGACGGUCCAAAAAAACCUGGCUUUGUAAAUGAGAAGCAAAUGUGCAAGUUUUUCACGAACGGGUGAAAAAAAAAGAAAAAAGAGUGAGCUUGUUUUCAAUAACUACUGAGUCAGUUCAGCACGAAAACACACGCGGGAUAAGAAACGUGUGUUGCGUGUUGUACUCAAGCUACAAAAAAUAAUCUUCAAAUUAAUGAGAAUUUCAAAUAUUUCUCGUUCUCGUUGUCAUUAAAUUACACCGUGGCCAGAUGAUUUAUAACCAUUUUGUCUCGUUUUUAAUUUGGCGAGUAAACACAAUAUUGGUAUGUUAAUACAUGUUUGGCUGCAGUUUAAGUGUACGUAUAUUACAAAAGACGUGCCGUCAAAGUAUGGGCUCAUUGUCUUUUUCCACGCGCCUGUUUAAGGCAGACGUAGUUUUGUCUGGAGGUGACAGCUAUUCGGCAAUAGAAACGUUUUGUAAUUACAACAGGUGUCUUUGAUUGAAGGUACGAGUUAAUAUACGCACUCCAUUUUUUAUCGUCCGAACUAAUUAGAAUAAUUUCAAGCCCAGUGAGAAAUGUUUCUCUCUUUAAACCGACGGAGUUCACUCCUUGAUAUCGUUUCGCAAGAGAGCCUGUUUAUGUUUGGAGGUCUGACACUCUGAUCCCAGCUCGCAACUUUUAUUACCGUCCUUUUUUUUCCUUGGAAGCUAUGUCAGGUGGUGGAUUUUACCUAAUUGCUGGUCUUAAUGUUCGCAACGUGUACUUAAUUUCUUUGAAUUAACGAGUACUGUAAUUCGCGAAAUUCGCGAAUAUUCGCGAUUUCACUGAGUCAAUAUUAGGCUGCGAUCAGGCGUUCUGUUUGCUCAGAGAUCGCGUGAUCGCGACAUAACAGCACGUGGGCGUUUAAGGAAUUAAAGAGGAUAUAGAGAAAUUUAUUCUAUCAUAUAUUUUGUUCAGGUCAAGGUGUUUCAUCAGUAUAUACACAAUUUAGACAUACAAUUUAAGCCAAGUUGUUCCGCCCGGAUAUCACAAUAUAAGGAGAUUGCCUUAUAUUAUAUAAUCAAUAUCACGUAAUUCCCUUAAAUCCACCGUAGCGAUUAUUUUAAACCCUACUUUUAUCUGUUCAAACAAUCUUCAUUGCGAUUAGAACUCUACCUAAGACUUUAAAACAGAUUUAUAUACCUCUCACGCACAAAGCUCAGUUAAACCCAAGAACUACAGUGGCUAAACGUAGCCCAAAACCUACUUUGAGCUCAUCCCAUUUCCACAAUCAUGAGUAUUUUAUAAAGUAGCAUUAUAAAGUAUUUCGUAGCAUCUAGCUUUUUUCAUUAGUGUUAUUAUUUUUAUCAUUCUGUGAAAAUGCCGAAGAUGAGUAAUGGUCAAAAUGACUUGAGCUAGUGCUAAUUGGAGACGGGUUUAGCUUCUCGUCUGUAAGGAACACCCGGUUUAAAAACGAAAACAAAAUUUGUACAAGACGACGCGUUACUUAUAGAUUUUAAUACUCAGACAAAACCAUGUCUGACUUAAACAAGCUUAUGAAAAGAAAUGAAGCGACAUUUCUGACAUGUCAUUUGCAUGCUGCGACAAACAAGAGGCGCCUACGAGAAAUGAAAUUAGCCCUUGUGCUAAAGUUUCGAAACUAAAGUUGGUAUGCGUGAGUUAUUUUCAAUCUCCGGUUCAGUAGCUGACUUAGAACAUGCACAUGUGUAAUAUAAGUAAAUGAAUUUUUUUGUGUGUAUACAUGCGCAAAAUGAUUAGCUCAUUAAUUUUCCAACAUCUACCUAAAUGACGUCGUUAAAAUGUUCCACGGCCCGAUUCUUGUUUUGGAAAGCCAUAAUUAGCGUCAGUUCAUUUCUUUCGAGGACAAUUACAAUUUGGAGAAUAAGACAAUUAGACGCUUGCUGUGCGAGUUAGAGAAACGGAAAAAAAAAAACUAUGGCUGCUUUUCAGUUGGCAACCUGGUUAGGACACUUGCAGAAAGCCUACAAAUGCGGACGUAGCUCUGAACAGGUUUUAGCGUCUGUCAAAAAAUGAAAAAAAUUAAAUCCCAGCAUGAAAUUGCUAAAAAAACGAUGCCCAAUAGAGACCUGGAGGAUUCGGUCAACAGCGUCAACGCUGGACGUCUUAUCAAUUAGUUCCUUCGAGAAAAUUUUUUAAAAAUUAAAUGCGGAUGCACAAAGAAAAGCCGCAAAACUUUGUCGUUGAUCUCAACAACUUGCCGGUAGCUAACAAGUUUUCCGCAUAAGCUGUGCAAAACUGUCAAUUUUUGGACCACUGAGAAAAGCAGUUUUAAUUCACUGCCCAAGGGAGCUCUAAAAUUAGAUUUAACAAGUACAAGAGUUACAAAGGAAGGCGAGAUCUAUAACAGUUAGCGUGCCGUGAAAGAAAUUCACAGUGUGGGACAACAAGAUAGAAAUAAUAAAAACAAUAAAAGCUAGCGUACCUCAAAAGCAACGGAACAAAAAGAAACACACGUUUUCUAUUGGUCUCUUUGAGAACCGUGGCUUAAGCGUUGUUUCGAAACACACAUGAUGGAUGGCCAGAGACCAUAUCGACGACCAUAAAUUACGGAUUUGUUUCUAGCACAGAGAAACUGAUAAAGUUUGAAUGUCUUAACUUUAAGUUUUUGUUUGUAACGUUUUGUUCGGGAGCGGAAGUUUGAACUGUUUUCUUACUAAAAUGUCGGUUAUUUACUCCUUGGGCAGUAAAUUACGAGUGUACUUAGGCGACUAAUAUGAUGUAGAAGUAGAAACCACAAAAGGCAAAUGUCUUGACUUAAUCAUUUUUGAUAACAAAAAAACAAAACAUGUCGCCAGACAGCGAGUGGGUUCACUUUGUAUAACCGGGCAGGAAAAUAAAAUUGCUUUAACACUAUCGUUUACACUGAGUUUGCCGGUGUAAACUUACUUAAUUUGGGUUUCGCACCCGACUCAUACCUGUUUAGUGGGAAUCCUUCAAUUAUUUCUUAUUAUGGCAAUACAGGUGCAAUCAACAAUGGGUUUUGUUUCAAGUCCGGGCUUUCUAUUGGCGAACAAUGCACUUAACACUUGUUGUUUGGAUUAGUUCAAUCGACUCAUCGCUGGAUGUACUCCAGUUAUUCAAAGAGGACACAAUAAAAGAAGCGCGUGCGUUGAGUGUUAACAAGUCAUUCGGCCAACACUGCACGUGUCACUCUCCAAACCAUUUUCUUCGCCUCACAAUAAAACAGCGAAAGCACAAUCACGCUCACGAAGAGUCACAGCAUUUACUGCCAGCCAGCCGGUUACUACUAAACACAUUGCAAGUUCGUUUUCUCUUCAGACUCAUUUAGCCGGCCUGCAAGCAGAGUUCAACCCGGUCAUCUCUCAUAGCAGUGGCCGCCCGUAACGGUAAACGGGGUAAACAAGGCAAGUCAGAGAAAUUUGCCCUAAAAUGCCGAAGUCAUUCCUGUUAAAGAGGCGAUCCUUACCAGGUUCCAUGAACACAAGCGUCAAGAUCACCGACUCCCAAGAAAGAGAAGCGGAUGAAAAGAGCACGGCGUUGAAAAUCGUUCAAGAUGACCCAGAAUACAAACCGUUUCUACAUGAGCCUGGGAUUCACCCCUUGAACGCUACCCAAUAUCAAGAAAACAACUUGAAUGCUGCCAGAGCUCUAGCCCUCAACGACCAGUUUAUGGCCUUUGCAAGCAGCAAUCAAUUCUCCAUUUUCAGUCCUUAUUACCAUCUAGGUGCACGGCCUGGUGCAAUGGCUAGCAGCUUCCAAGACUUCAAGAACCGUGGAGAUUUCAGUGAUAUGUACACCAGAAGAAAUGGCGAACAUUACAACUGGAGACAAGAAAUAAGCGUUCCGCGUGCAGCAUCUUAUGAUGUUUUAAAGGGUGAAAUCUCGUUUGCAGCACCCCCAAAGCUUGUUAUUCCCGGGGAGGUUAAACAGCCGUACCAAUGCGAUCAAUGCGGUAAGAUUUUUAAGACAAAAUACACCUUGGCGAUUCACCUUAAGAUGCCCAAUCAUACAUUUGCGCGGCCAUUUGUAUGUAAUACAUGCGGUAAAGGCUUUCGCUUGUCGUCUACACUAUGCAGGCAUAAGAUAAUCCACACGAAAGAAAAACCCUACAAAUGCCAUGUUUGCGAAAAAGCAUUUAACCGCUCGUCGACUCUGAAAACGCAUGUCCGCACUCACAGCGACGAGAAAGAAUUCAUUUGCGAGCGAUGCGGGAAGGGUUUUCACCAGAAGGGUAAUUUGCGAAAUCAUAUUCUUAUUCACACGGGCGAAAAACCGUAUAAGUGCACCCUGUGCCAAAAGGCUUUCAAUAAAUUGUCUAAUUUGAAGUUUCAUAUGCACGUUCAUACAGAUAAUUCUCCUUACAGGUGUAAAUUUUGCAAGGUUUCUUUUUCUCGCAGAUGCGAUUUAAAAAGCCAUAUUCAAAACGCUCAUUCUGAAAGUGAAGGGAAAUGAAUCAAGACGGAGAGUUCAAAACAAGUUCGAUGUAGUGUGAAUUCAGUUCAAAAGCGGUAAACUAGGCACAGACUGUAAAUGCUCUAUUAGAAACCAAAAAAUUGAUAAAUAAUUACAAAUCGCUUUGUAAAAAUAAUUUCUAUUUACAAGGCUAAAAAAGGAUAAUGUUCAAAACACCGGACGUUUUCGACACUAGGUCAUCAUUAGGGUAAGUUAAAAAUAACUAAUUUUAAAAAACUAAACUUGUUUUUACUUACAAAUCGCUUUGUGUUUGAAGUAUUUCUCGUAAGAGUAUAAGACCUAAAAAAAAUACAAAGUUGCGCAGAAUAACACCUAAUUUUUAUUUUUCUGUGGUGUUAAGUGGUAGUACUGAACGUGCGCAAACAACAGCAAAAAGAGAAGCCCUCUCUUUUCUUACAUUUUGUGAAGUAUAAAUACAUACAUGCAGCUGAUAUAGUUAAGUUAGUAUGUACAUUUAAUAAUAAAUUAUUUGUUAAAAUAUUAAGAAAGCUAUUAGAUCCCAGAGUGGAAGGAAAAUUCACCGUCUGUAAUUCUAAGUUUCGUUAUGGCAAAACAUUCUUAUAUUCGCCUAUGAAUUUCAUUAGUGUCGACGAUGUAAAGAGGGAAAGAAAGUAGAAGGGUGAAAUCGUUUCGAGUCGUAAAAUAUAUGUUAAUAUAUGUAUAUAUAUCCUUUGGUUGUAAAUAAUAUGAAAAUAAAACUGUGUAGAGAGAUAUACAAGUUAGUGCAGAGAAAUGUACAAUGUUUUAGGUAUUUGUCGAAAACAGAAAAUAAAUAAACUCUACUAAAUGCUGAAA